AUGCACAGCAGCAGGGGCGAAAGAUUUAACCUCGCCCUCCUCGUUCUCACCAAUGUGCCGGAGGCGAAGGCCAUCUUCCGCGAUGUACGCACUGUGUGCGGCCUGUCGCGUGUAAAGGUCGAAGCCCCACACUGGCGCGGUUACCCAGCGCAGUGCCACCGAUGCCAACUCUAUGGGCACGUGGCAGCCAACUGCUCAGCUCCACCCAGCGGAACCCUCCCCGUUAAGAGUGAUGUCGAAGCCAUCCUUGCAUUAGGCGGUUCAGUCAUUAUGUUUGGAGACUUUAACUCCAAGCAUGCUGAAUGGACCUGCCGCACUACUACCAGUAGUGGAAGGGUGCUGCUCAAUAUCACUCAGUCUCUCGACCUGACUGUCUACGGCCCCCUCGCUGUCACCCACUAUCCCGAUAAUGUUAACUACGCUCCUGACGUGCUUGACUUUGCUCUAGUUAAAGGAGUCUCCCUUAACCUUGGAGCAAUCGAGUCUCUCGAUUAUCUGGGAUCCGACCACCGUCCUGUAUCCCUCCUUCUUGGCCAUCAGCCAUCUCCAACUCCUACUUCCAAAACCUACACCAACUGGAAGGGCUUCAAGAAGUCUCUAGCGUUGGCUAUAGACACUCCGGACCCUCCCAUAACCCUUUCUUCGGACGUCCUCGACAGUACGGGGCAAAUAGACACCGCGGUCGAAAAUCUCACCUCACUUAUAACAUCCUCUCUUAAAAAGAAUAAAAAGGUUGUCCCGGUUGCUAAAACUAGUCUUUCCCUAGAUAUUAGCAACCUGCUAAAAGCCAAAAAAGCUGCCCUCCGUAGAGCUGCACGCUAUCCCACUCCCGAAUAUAGACUCGCGGCCCACCGCCUUCAACGCAAACUCCGUUACCGCCUCCAAGAUUACAGAGAUCUCGAAAGGGGCAAUCUCAUGGAGAAAAUCUCUCCCUCCCACACAGCGUACUACCAGAUAGCGAGAGCCCUCCGGAUAGCCGCUAUAACGCAUACUCCCCCCUCUGUCUCGUCCCGACGGCUCUAUUGCCUUCGAGGACGAAGAAAAGGCUGA